AAUUUCAGAAAGAGACAGCCAUCAAAACACUCUCUGGCAAGUAAAAGAAGACAGGGUUUGGCCCGCAACAAGCGAAAAAGAGAAGAAAGAAAGCUUUUGAAAAGAGGAGUAACAACAUUGAUCCAAGAACUCAAAAAUGACAAUGACUCACUAACCAAAAAGUGUAAUAUGGAGACAAAUAUAAAGGAAAAAUACUUUGAGAUGUGGAGAGCAUCUGAAAAAGAAAAGGAUAGAAUUAAAACAUCUCAGUCCGUUUUUCGAGGUUUUCAGCAAAGGUUAACCAAGGAGCCAGGUUCUAAUAGAGAAAUCUUAAAGAUAGAUCCUUCUAUGCUGGUAGAUGUUGAUGGCCCAUCAGUUGAACUUGGUAGAGGAAGAUUUGGCACACUGGUAUUGAAACAGUUUAGGUCAUCUCCAGUAGCUGUCAAAUAUUUUGAUUCCUCCAGUACACCUAAAUUGGUGGAAAGGGAGGCAUCAUUUUUAGCACAGUGUUGCCAUAUUAACCUGCCAUUGAUAUAUGGGAUGAACAACACCCAUGCACCCUUUUUUAUUGUCACACAAUUUUAUGGUAGUGAAAGCUUCAAGCCAGUAACAUUAAGAGGUGUCAUCAAAGAAGAGGCUGAGGUCUCAAUAGAAAGUUCAGAGAACUGGCUUCAUAUUUUAACACAGCUUUGUGACUGUCUUAGCCACAUUCACAGGAAGGACAUUCACAAUGACAUUAAGAAUGAUAAUAUUGUAAUUGUAUGCAAUUCUAAAGGCUGUUUCUCACCAAUUCUAAUUGAUUUUGGAAAGGCAUGUCCACUUACUCAGGCAAAAAAGAAAAUCCUGACAGAGGAAGAAAAAGCUAUGUACUACAGAGAGCACUGUCACAUUGCUCCUGAGGUCAUUGAAGGAUCUCAUUCUCAAUCAAUUUUGAGUGACAUGUUUUCCUUUGGGGUAGUGACUGCAAGUAUUCAUAAGUAUACAAAGUAUCGCCCAUUUAAAGUGCUUGCAAGAAACUGUCUGAAGCCUGUUUCAAACAGGUGCACUUCAGCUGAGCUGCUUAGUGUUAUUUUAAAUUUUCCUGUUGAGAAGUUCAGUUAACGUACCCAAAACAGGAGUAUAUAAUUGUAGAACUUCAUUUCCUCAAUCUGUUAUGGAGUACAUUUUUGAUAGUAAUUUUGGAAUUCACUGUCAGUUGAGUACAAAUAACUAUGAAAAAAUAAAUAUAUUUUGGCCACUAUUACAGUGAUUCAUUGAAAAUUUUGUCGAACAGGUCUUGUUUACUGGCCACUACAUAAUGUCUGACUGUUUUUAGUAGACAUUUAGCAGCACUUUUAUAGUCACGCUUUUUUUUGACAUGUGCUUUACUAUCAUUUAAGUCUGUUGUCCAAAAUAAAUUUUGAAAAAAAAUGUGGAGUUGACUUGUAUUCUCCUAUUCCUUUUUAAGGAAGCGGCCAUGUGUCAGUUCAGCUCAAACAGACACUGGAACUAUUGUACUUAAUGCUAAACUGCCUUGGCCUGCAACGAUAGAUUUGCCCACUUCGUAUAGACCAGAGGUGACAAAGCUGUUGCAGGACAAAGACAGAACAAAGUUGACUAGAAAGCUAAGAAAAAGCUUUGUUUCAAGAAUUUAUGAACAUUUCUCAAGAUAUACCCUGUAAGUGGAUAAUGAUACAGUGGAGUUCAGUAUCCAGUACAUUUAUUUGAUUAGCAAUCUUGGGCAGUUUGAGUUAGUGUACACUUGCUAUUUACCAUAAAUUCUACAUUGUUCUCCUCCCACUUUUGAUUACAGCCAAGCCAGGGCAAGCAUACCCCCAUAGAGUCCAUUGAUACAAUAAUUAUUAUUGAAAAUUUAUUGAAUCUGCCAUGCGUAUCAUGUUACAGGUCAAAUUUGAUUUCAGGUUAAUUUUGAUUUAACCUAGGUUGAUUUUCAAUUUCCUUUGUUUCUAAUUCAUGAGUAAAUAGGUUAGGAAAAAAAGUAAAAUGAGAAUCAACCAAGGUUAAAAAUAUUUAACCUGAAAUCAAAUUUGACCGGUAACACAUACUCAAUCUGUUACGCAUACACUAUGAGUGUGAAAUUCUUCUCAGCUUCCUUUCUGAACUGUUUCCAUAAUCAGAGCAAGGGUUUCCUACAAGAAAAGGCGUAAUUUGCCUAUUAUUGAUGGGCGAAUUACGCCCUUUCUGCAGGAAACCCUGUAGAUUACAGAAAUAAUAAUUAUUGAAGUCUUCAAUUAGAAGACUAAUUUUAUUAUUACUGUAGUCUAAAAUUCACUGCUAAUUAUGCUUUUAUGAAUGUAGAUUAGAAUUUGAAAAGAGUUUCAGUGACCAAGAGGUUUAUUUUCGGGUAAUCAUUUUCAGAACAAAAUGUACAUAUUAUGUGGAAGUAUGUCACUGGACCUGGCUUGACUGAAAACAUGAUCAACUUAAAAUUAUUACUUUUGAUUAAAUUGUUUGCAACAAACCUCCUGGGAUAAUGUAGCUACUUUUAGCAAUAAGGUAAGUAAGUUUAUGUUCUGUUAAGUUUGACAUUGUAUCUCUUUUAGGGUGUCUGUACAAUAAAGUUAAAACAUCCAUGAUACGUUGCUCUAAACCAUUCAAUAAGAUACUUACUACUCAACCUAUAGGGUAGACCUAAAUGUAUAUGCACAACUUCUAACAAAAAUGGGUGAAAAACUGGCACGACUGCCUUCAAAGAUAUUGGACUUUGUAAAUAAUUAUGAAAUACAAUACUGGCAUAAGUGCAGCAGGUCAAAAAUGAGGAUAAGUGAUGCACAUUUAGGACAAAGAGAAGCCAUUUGCUUAAUUUUCUCACAUGCCUUUAAUUUUUUUUUCCAGAUAUCCUACAAAACAGCAGCUGCUGGAAAUUUCCCAGCUUAUAAUCAAGACAUUUCCUUUCCUUAAGGACAAAUCUGUUGGGACUGGAUAUGUAAGUUUACAUAAACGCAUUUCCGGCAUUAAAAAUAUCCUUCCUUGAGUACCCAGAACAGUUUGGAAGUUAUUGAACCGAAAUUAUUGUUUAAUAAUUCUAUUGAAUUAUGAUACAGUGGAACUCUGAUAAGACAGAAACCAUUUAAUGGGUAUUACUGGGCAGGGGCAAAGAUCAUGACUUAGCACCUUAUUUUGCACUUUUGAACAGCUGUUCUCUUCAAUAUACAGAUGUAGAACAACUGAAAAUUAUGUAGAUAUUCAUAGAGUGAUAAUUUUACUGUAAAAACCACUUAAAACCUCACUGAUUACAAAAGACAAUUUGACUAAAUUAAAAUUUGACUUUUAAACCCCACAAUACAUUUACAGUGUACUGUUGUUUGAGAGCAAAGUAAGAAUCAGUUCAGCUUACUGUGAUUCUGAAAAUGGACAUGCUGAUCUCUCUGACUUUUCAAUUCAAUUCAAUUUCUUUUCUCUCAAUUUUCCACAUGAACAUCACUGUAUAAUAUUGUUCAAGUUUUGAAAAAAAAGGGUCACCUUCCACUGGCUUCUUCUGGAUACCAGCAAAUGGCUUUGAGCUUGGGUAAUCCCGUUGAUGAAAGAAUUAAACACAAAUCGCUAGUUUGAUUAGUAAAUUACAGAGCUCAAUGAACACGGUAACCUUAAGUCAUCAGUGUGACCAUGUCACACCAAGUACAGCGGUCGCCAGAAGGCAGGGUUCCACUGUGCUUUCUUAGCAAGUUUAGAAGUCCACUAUAAACCCCCACCCUGACAAUUAAAACACCUAGUCCUGAACUUCAGAAAAUGGUUAUAAUGCAAAAAUGUUUGUAUUCGAAUUUUAGGAUUCCUGGUUUUCCCAGCUCUAUGACAAAUUCAGAAACGAACGGAAAGGUAUAACUGAUGACCCUGAAGUAAUUCUCCACAAAAGAUGAAAAACUAAGAGGUCAGAGGUGCAGCCUGUGGCACUGAAGUUGAGAAGGGGUGGGAUCAAUUGGAAGCCACCUUUUCCAGAGGGAGAAGAUGAGUUAUCCUUAAAGCGGCAUAAAGAGUGGCUGCAGAAUGAGUGCAUGCGAAGAACGCCUGAUCUGAAGAGAGUGGCAGAGCGCAUGAGUCUUACCCUCCCAGACAGACGGAGGCUAAUGAACAAGAAUGUGCCCCUAACAGAAGUGAGAGCAGAAUACCCUGCUUUAUUUGAUUUCAAACAGGUAUUAUGUUCUUUUUUUUAAUUAAGUUUCUCUUACUGAUCAGGGAAUGUCACACAGAACCCGUGGCUAGGGAAUUCCCUCUCCCCAGGCUACUAUGAGCAUUUAUUCCCGACUACUUUCAUAAGAGAGAGAGAGAGCAGAAGUAGAUCCAAAAGAACUUCCUAGCUGGGUAACUCUCUACACACUAAUUCCAUAAUAAUUUGAAACACUCAACUGAUGUUCCCUUUAUUUGCUAUGGAAACGGGCUGGUAGAAUAAUAUUGAUAUUUGAUAAUACUUUUUUUUAAGCUCCUCACUGUAGCAGGACUGCUUUAUCUUUUGUGAUUUCAGAUUGUCACUGAAUUUGAGAGGAUAUUAGGCAUAAAUACAAGCAUUCUGGACACGUUUCAGUCUAACUUGAGUCAAGUUGCUGACCAAAUAAUUGAAUUAGGAAGAGCCAGAAAGGGCAGGAAAAACUGUUUGGGAAUAGAGGAGUACCUCCAACUCUUGGAGGGAGAGUUUAAUGAUGACGAUGAAACUGAAAACUUGACAGGUAUGAAUCUUAAAAUGAUUGUAAUAAUAUUAUGCUUACUAAAAUACUGUAAACUCUCACAUUAGUACCCCCUUGAAUAGGUGGGCCUUCCUGCAUGCCAAAAAACUUAUUUUAGCAUUACACAAAAUUGAUGAUGCAAAAGGGAGGCUCAUGGUGCUUUCAUUGGCAUUUACUUCAUGAAGAUAAAAAAAAUGAUAUUGUGACAAUAAUUGUCACAAUGAAAUUUAUUAUUUUUAUGCCCCAGCUGGUGACACUCCUUUGUUUCAAAUGCUGACUGAAUAAAAUUAACGUCUUUUUUAUCAUUAUUUUUUCUCAGAGGAAAAAGAAGAGGUUGACAUGGCAGUCCUUCCAUUUUUGCUUAAACAGACAUCUAAAGGAGGACAGUCUCAGCAGCAGGACUUUGUUCACUUUAUUGCUGUAGGUAGUAUACGAUUUUAUGACAGAUCUAAUAUCAUGUUUAUAGCGAGCAUCAGAUUCAAGUUGAUAAAUUCUAAUUAUAUGGAUGAACAUUACUUAAUUAACAAUUAAUGAAUGAGGCUGAGUAUCUUAUUAAGAAUUAUGGAGAUCUCGGAGGGUGCUAUCUGCCUUGGCCUACGGCCUUGAUGGAUAACACCCUCCUCGAUGUUCAUUAUUGUUCUUACUACUAUUACUAUCAUCAUCAUCAUCAUUUGUGUCCAAAGGGUGCAGUUGGAAUCCACGUUCUCUCAUGGAACUUUUUUCUAUAUCAGACUCACUGUUAUUAGCCCAACAGAUAUUUCAGGGUCAUUUUUUCGCGCGGAACUGGUAUCUAUGUUUAGCAAUAGAUAGUUAAGCCUCUUUUGCACAAACAUAACCCUUAUCUGACUGUGGAUGCACUUCCCUAAUUUUCAGUUACUACUAGUUGUUAUUAUCAUCAUUAUCAUCAUCAUUACUAUCAUCUUUAUCAUCACUUUUCUCACACGCUUAAUAUUAUUUUAGAAUGUACUGACUAUGCUUAAGGAGCAUUUCUAUUAGUGUGCUGCAUUAAACACAAUCCUGGGCUUUGUCAACGCUGCAAAUGCUUUAGUUGUCUAAUUUUGUGUCUUCCAUGAACGUACUGAUCCUUUUUAAUUGGCUUUUCCAUUAUAAUGGAAACUUGUGAUUUAUAACAGUGGCUUUCGAAGAUGAAAUCAUAACCAACUGAUUUGUUUUCUUUUUUAGGAUGUGAAUAGCACAACAGCAAAAAGUGUGGCUCUUCAAAGUUCUUUUCCUUUUAUCAUUUUUGAAGGCAGCCUUGAUUCACCUGGGCAAAUUAAUUUAGCAGCUGACAAGCAGUUGUUAUGCUCUUUUACUGGCAGCCUUGUGGAGGCAGCAUGUGGAUUGCUCGCCAGUUACUAUGUUUUUAUGUUCAAUUACCCUGUUGGGUUGAAAAAUUUAUUUUCGUAUUUACAAAAGUGCGUUCUGGACAUUAAUGAUGCACAGAAGCUUCCAGGCUCUGUCAUCAGUUUAGUGAACGAACUUGAUAGCCUAUCAAAGUGCAAUUAACCAUGUUAUACUACUACGUGAGAAAUUUCUGCAAUUUGAUUGGCUUAGAGCAGUGGUAUUUCAGCUUAAUUUGAAAUACCUACAUGUGAAAAUUACAAACCUUUUGCGGGUAAGUAGUAUAAACAAAUAAUAGCAUGAUUUGUGCGUGAUAUUUGGCAUAAAUACCACUCGUGAUACCUCAAAAUUGUCCCAAAUUCCACUCGCCUAACGGCUCGUGAAAUUACGUGUAACAAUUUUGAAAUAUCACUCGAGCUAUUUAUGCCGAAUAUCAGUACAAAUCAUGCCAUUACCUAUACAUAUCAUACAGUGAAAGCAUUACAAUACCUUGGGUAGGGUAGCACUUAUUUCAAGUCAACCGAUAAAAUUAAUAACUUGAUUUUUCUACAUUGUAAUACAGCAGACAGGCCAGUAGAUUCAAACAUGGAUCUACUGCCAUAGAGAUUAAAUGAAUUUUUUCCUAGAUUCUUGCGAGGUAUAUUGUUCAAAAUAUUUAUGUCAACUAGCCUCAAAAUCGUUUUGAUAUAUGAGACUGUGUAUUAAUCCUGCUCAUUAGGAGGAUUAAUACACAGUCUUAGUUAAUUUGAUUUCCGCAAAAAGUAACUUAACUUGCCCGUCAGGUGAGUUAAUUCACCUGCCCAAUAGCAAAGUCUACUAGCCCCGGCUAUUGGACACUACUUGCUUUGCAUGUUGCUGAAAUAUCUAUUAACAUUUUAAACAAUGUGAAAGGUUCAUAAUUAGACAUCUUUAUUUUGGCACAUAAGUUCUAUAAAUCGAGUUACAUAUGACUUGGUUGGUAUAUAUCAGAGGUGUAGGGGUUGUUGCUUCUUUAAGUACUUAAGUGAACCCGUUUCCAGGACUAUAUUUUAUAUGUGCAUUAUUACAAAAUCUUAAUUAUUAUUACUGUUUUGAAUCAAAACCUAUGAUUUUGCAUUUAAUCAGAUUUAAGGAACAUAUUUUUUUAGUAAUAAUAAAAUAUUUAUUAUACAGGUGGAUACGGAUUUGUGUAGUUGUUACUUCUCCACUAUAUUAUAAAUAGCAGUUCUAUGCAUUAAAAUGAGAACUGGGAUAUGAUUCUUGUGUGUUUUUUUACAUUAUAUGUUGCGUGUAUUUUACUCACGCAUUGAGUAAACUGUCCGUUUACUCAAAAUAAUGCGUUACUGUGGAUUCACUUUGCUUGAGCCAAGUUAAUCAUUAUAUUGAGUUGGGUUUACUCACAGAUGAGUAAUGUGUACUUAGAGCAUUGAGUGGAAUUUACUCUUGUUUGGGUUAUUGCACUCAAACGUGAGUAAUUUUUACUCCCGUUAUUGAGUAUGGUUUACUCAUGACUGACACUUCAUUUUACUCAAUAUGUGUAGUCAUUGUGGAUUCAACGUUCUACUCAAUAUUUUUCGUUGAGCCUACUCGACUUUUUUUGCAGAGUGUGUUUUAUAGUUGGGAGGUACAACAAGUGUAUAUUCUUUACUGUGGGUAAAUCCAUUCUCAGAUUAAAUCAUGUUUCCUUGGUUUCCUAUGAGAAACGUGUAAGGUUAGAAUUAAGACAGGAAUUCUGAAUCACAUUGAAUACUGGUUUAACCAGAGCUCUGAUUUUACUUUUACUGUAUAUAACUUCACCACCCCUUUGAUUAAAAGGAAACAUGCAGUAUAAUGAUAUUUUGUAUUGCUGGUAAAAGAUGGGUAGAUUGUGGUAUCAAUAUUAUUUACAUGUAUGAACUGGAAGUACAUGUAUAAUUACACAAUUCUUUGUUUUUUUCUUUUGGCAGGAAGGAACAAGUGCUAAAAAUAUAGCUCAGCGCAAGGAGAAGGCCUUCCCUUUCCUUAUCUUCACUGGGACAUUGGAUUUGCCGGGAAAAAUUUACAUUGCUGCUGACCAGCAGAUUUUA